AUGAAAUACUUCAACCUGCUGUUUAGCCUCUGUCUGGUCUUCAUGCUGUGCUCCUCGUGGGUCUCGGCUUUCUCCAGUCUUGCCACCCCGGAGCCAACUCCGCCAACUGGCUCUCCCGUCGACGGAACGACUGGCACUGGGUUCCCCGGACCCCCAUCGGCUGAAACCACAAAUGCUACGCCCUUAAUUUCGACUAUCUACCCAAUUUACGGAUAG